UUUAGCAGUACUUAAAGCCAACGUGCAGUGUACCCAGUCAGAAAGUUAGAUUACUUUAUCAAAUGUUCUUGUUGAGAUCACACAAGCAAUGAUUUACGGCCUUUCCAUGCUAGAAACAAAAAAUUAUGAACAAAAUUGUAAGACAUAAUUAUUUGUUCACGCACAUCCUUGUAUAAUUACUUUACUCAAUUGUUCUUCAGCAUUCAAGUCAAUAGAAUUUUAUAAUGGGGUCCUUUUUGUAGCUGUUUAUACUAUUGAGUCUAGAGUAGUACGAACGGUACCAGUCAUUCCGCUAUGGUUUCCCUUCAAAACUGAUUCUUGAACGUUCGACAGCUUUAAUACAGCUUGCGCAGUCGGCUCGUGUAAGCUAAAGACUGUGCUAAAAAAAUAUUUUGGGUCAAAAAUGUUUUUUUGUAAAGGCCAUAAAAGUUUAAGAUUUUAUUUUUUCGAAUUGAAUUUUCAGACUAUGACUAUUCACUUUAACAGUUGCUAUAAAUUUUAUUUAUUAAGUCUAUGAUGUAAUAAUUAUAAAUAACAAAAUGAGAUAAAAAAAAAGCCUUAUUAAAAAACAAAAUCGUAUCAGAAUUAACUGUGUGUUAAAAUGAGCCAAUCAUUGAUACGUAAAACAUUUAGUAUAAGUCUGGAAAGGUUAUGUGUGAAAUAAAUAAAGAUUUAUUAAAUUAAAACUGUUUUAUUAGAAUUAGCUCAUCGUUUUUUGUUCAUUCCAUAUAGAGCUUCUUUUAGUUUUGCUUUAAUAAUGAAAAAUCUUUUUCAACCUCUCUUAGCCAUAUAACAUCUAUCUGUGAUAAGUAUUUUUUAUUUUUACAUUUUCACACACCCCUUUCACAUUGUCAAAUCCAACUAAUACGAAAUAUUUGUCUUAAAUUUUUGGAGAAAAGUUUAAAGAGUCAAGCCAGAGUUAAAUUCCCGUAAUUGGAAUACUUUUUAGCCAUUUGUCUUACAGUAAUCUGCAGUAAAACCUCUUUAUAAGGGACAUCCUUUAUAACGGACACCCUCUCUACAUCGGACACUCGUUUCAAAAAUUAAUAAAAUGACGGCGUCUUAACAAAAAUUUUAUUUAGAGAGCAAGUUAUAGCAGACACCUCUCUAUAAUUGAUAAUACAAGGUCCUAAUUUGCUCUAACCCUUAAAAAUGUCCUCUUUAUAGCGGACACGCCAAACAAUGGUUCAUAUACAAUAUUUUUUUCAGAGCUUUGUUGUACAUUUUACCCUAGACAAUAAGUUAUCAAAAAGUGUUUUUUUUUAUCUUAUUGAAUAAAAGAUAAUUACAACGCAUUUUUCCAAAACCAGUCAUGUGACACACUUCAAAGGUUUUUUGCCUUAAUACCCCAGAGCAGGCUCCUAAAGAAAGGAUUCAUUGUGGUUAAUUUGCUAGAUUUAUAUUUCAAGGUAUUGUUAAUGAGUAAAUUCUAUCCAAAACGUUUUAUCGAGCUAAAUUUACCUAAAUUUAGAGAUGUAUGAUGUAACAGAUAUUUGGCACGGUUAAAUAGGACAUCGAAAUAAUAUAGGCUUGCUUAGUUUAUAUUCAAGUUACUGCUCUUUGUUUAAUAUUACAAGCCUUAUUUAAUGAUGAAGGUUUUUGCGGAGUAUAUAUUUAUAUCUGUCCUUGCACUAACAAAUAAAAGUAAGCGUCUCAGACUGGUGGUUCUUUAGUUCCUCCUAAAGUAGUAAAAAAGCAGGUUUUACCUUAUAAGAAACUUUAACAGUUCCUUAAAUUUGCAGAGUCUGUUUACUAUACAAGACCAGCCCCGUUAAAAAAAUUGACCAGCCAAGUAUUCAGACAAUUAAGUUUUUAACAAAAUAUGAUCACAUCUUUAUUAACUAAGGAAUAUCUGAACAGUAAGUUUUUAAAAAGUUCAAAUAUUUUAGUGCGUAGUAAUUUUAAACAGAUUGGAACAUACAUUCUCUACUUCACAAUUCUAUGAUGCGAACAGAUCCUUUAAAUUAGCUAUAUUAUUGUUGCAAAACUUAUACAUUAAUACGCCGUCCUUUCACAAAUAACUAAAAAAAUAUAUAUAUUCUGAUCUCUCUUUAGAUAGAUUGGAACAAACUUCAUUUUGCGACGUACAGACAUUUUUUAGGAUAAAAUUCAUAUUUUAUUUAUUAUUAAAAAAGAAGAGAAAGCAAAAUAGAAUUAAGUAACACCAAUAUCAUAUAAAUGAUUUUCUUUUUUUCGUUUAUUAGAUACGAAUAAAAAUUAUUGCGAGAAAAAGUAAACGAUAAAGCACAUGCGAUCAAUUAAGUGGGUUAACACAUGUAUAAAGAAGAAGGAGCGACACAAAAAACUAACAUUUAGCCUAGAAGUUGAUAUUCUUGAUCAAAAGAAAAGUUCAAUAAUAUUAGCUACGUAAGUUUUCAUAAUUGAACUUCUCUAUUACAUGGGGGGAAACUUUUAAUAAAAAAAAUAAAAGGAUAUAUGGAUCAAUGAUUACUUAACAUUGGAAAGACCGACUUUAUUGAAUAGCAAGGGAAAGGGGCGACAAGCAGUUCAAAACUUAAAGAUAUAGAAAUAAACAGCUAAAUGAGCUUUCAAACAUUUCAAUCUCGACCAAAUAGGUUAGAUACUCUGCGUCAUUUUGCUGACGGUUGCACUUUCAAACCACAAUGUAUAGGUACUAGCAAUUCGGACAGCAGUGUGAGCUAUAUGACAUCUCAAAUAAAACCAGCGCGUAGUGGAUACUUACAACACAGAUAUCAUCAUCCACCCUGUGAACAAGACAAGCGUCAAAAAAUUACCAUCAAUGUUUCUGGUGAACGCUAUCAAACUUAUGUAGAGACGUUAGAUCGAUUUCCCGAUACUCUCCUUGGAAAUUUUCAUAAGCGUGAAGAAUUUUAUGAUGACGUCGAAGACGAGUAUUUUUUUGAUCGUGAUAGGAGUGCUUUUAAUGCGAUAUUAUACUACUAUCAAUCCAAUGGUCAGCUUUACUGCCCACUAACAGUCCCUAUGACGAUAUUGGUAACAGAAGCUAAUUUCUUUGAGUUAGGUAAAGCUGCUUUGAAACAGGUUUUAGAUUUACAGCAAGAACAAAAUGAGAAGGAAAUGCCAAAGAAUAAAUGGCAGAAAUUAAUCUGGUGUUUAUUUGAACAUCCUGAGACAAGCCUUGCAGCGCAUUUUAUAACUAUAUUUUCAAUAUUAAUGGUUGUGUUUUCGGUGGCAAUUCUAUGCAUUGAAACAUUGCCCUUCGCUAGAAAGAAGAUAGAUAUGGAACAUGCUUCACCAAAAUCAAAAAAUGUUACCUUAAGAUUGUCAAUUCAGAACAAUACUAUAUCACAUCACACAAUUCCACAAUCAAGUGAACUUGUUAAAUAUGAAUGUUUAUGCGUAUCUGCACCUGCUUUUGCUGAUAAUCGAACAUCACCAUCAAUCGGGGAAGAAUUGGAGACAUUUAACUGGCACGGACUUUUUAAUACCUUUGAAGCUAUCUUUGUUGCAUGGUUUACGUUUGAGUUUAUUAUUCGUUUUUCAUCAUCGCCAAACAAAAUCCAAUUUUUAAAAGGACUUCUCAACAUAAUAGACGUUGUUUCAAUCUUACCAUUUUAUAUCACUUCGGCACUGGAUAUUCAUAAUGGCUUAGGUUUUGAGAACUUUAGAGUUAUUCGCCUUGUACGCGUUUUUCGUAUUUUCAAAUUAUCCAGACAUUCAAAGGGGUUGCAAAUACUUGGACAGACCUUAAAAGCCAGCAUGAGGGAGCUUGGACUAAUGAUUUUUUUUCUAGCAAUAGGUGUUAUAUUGUUUUCAAGUGCCGUAUACUAUCUUGAGGCUGAUAACUUCUCCAGUAUUCCAGAUGCAUUUUGGUGGGCGAUAAUAACAAUGUGUACAGUGGGUUAUGGAGAUAAGGUUCCCAAAACAUUUUACGGGAAAGCUGUUGGAAGCGCGUGUGCUGUCUGUGGCGUACUUUCUAUAGCCCUUCCAGUACCAGUCAUUGUGUCCAAUUUCGAUUACUUUUACAACCGAGAACGAACGAAAAAGAUGCAUUUGGAAUACUUAGGAGAUGCAGAUUCCAUAAAAAAUAAUAGCGAUUUAAUAUUAUAUCCAGAGAGUAAAGGUUCACCAUUGUUACAUGGAGAUAUGCAAAGAAAUGGUUCUGUAAGAUCUGCAACUAGAUCUCCUGUUGAAGCAAGAACGGAUGAAAUCCAAAGACAAGCAACAAUAAAAGGGUUAGAAAGGCGAAGCAGAAAGUUGAGUCAAAAGUUAUCUGAAGCUUCAUUGCAUUCAUCACCUCGCAGAAAAAAUGGAAAUUUUCAUUUUAGCGAAAAAGAAACGUACAUGUAAAAAAACAGACGAAAAGAAAACAAGUAGUGAUAACAAGUAGUUCGGUGAUCACCACAAGAAUGAAAUUUUUAAAACAAAACUUCUAGAAAAAUAAUGAAAAAACUAAAAUAUCAUAAAGAAUUGUUAACGUUACAGAAACUUGGUAAUAGAGACUUUACAAAACACAAACGGGGACUGUCUGCAACGACGUUGUCAAUACCAUUUCAUGAAAUCCCGUCAUAUGAAAAACGCGCCGAAAAUUGAUUACAAAAAGUCAGUCGAAAGCAAAGUACAAAAAAAAAUCAAUACAAAUAUGGUUACUGUCGAAAUAACAAAAUAUAUGACAAACUGACAAAUAAACUAAUAAUAUGUCUUGUAUUUGCUUUUUAGUAUUUCUUGUUGCUUUUCGUCAAAUAUUCAAAGUUACCCACAACCUGAAAGCGACAAUAUUUGAGUCAAAGGAAGAACGAAAACUUUGUUUUUUCUGUCUCAUCUGCCAAUUAAAAUUCUCGGUCGUAGAUGCCCUUGUUUCGUAAGGUCGCUAUUAUAUUACUCUAAUAGAAUAACAAAUAAUUAUUUUUUCUUAGCAAUUAUUAUGUCUUAUACAAUAUAUUGUAUCUAUUAUGCUAUUUUCUGUUUUGUGUUAUAUCUUGGAUAUUGAUCGUCCUUUUAUUUGUAAACCUUAUUAUCAUAUAUUUGCAAGUUUACGCUUGGAGUUUAAGUGAGUUUAACUUGGCUUAACAGCUUAUUUUUGCCUUAACGCUCUUUUUCUGUGAUGUCAUCGGAAGUUUAAAAUUUAUCCGAAAUAACGCUUAAAAUAAAUUGCUUUAGUUCUAGAGUGAAUUUUCAUAUUUUGUUUGAAGUUUUUGAUAGUUAAAUAAUGUCCAAUUCUGAUACCCUAUCAGUUUAUCGUGACCGUCUAAUGGCCAUACCCAAUUUAUGCCUUUUGUAAAAAAGUUACCCUUUUUCUUUUUUUUCUUUAUGACAUUGUUGCCUAUUUGCAAGGUACUCUGGUGAAAAAUUGUACAACAUGUCACAUACUAAUGCUUUUGGUACAUUAAAAAGAUGUUUUUGUCGAA